AAUGGCACGCUCGGAAAAAGUGACAUCACCCUCAGGGAGAUGAUGGAUGACAGUGCAGCGACCGGAGCAAUCUUGAAAGUGAACGAGCCGUGGCGAGAAGCCAAAGCGAAGCUUUACUAUGAUUUCUUGCAGAGCAUGCAAGCUCACCUCUCUGAAACACAAAUCUUCGACACUAUCGCAGAUUUUAUACAGAAUUGUACAGAUACGUUGGAUAUAAUGAGAGAUAUGCAAUCAAAGGUAGAGAAUAUGGAAAUGGCUCAAGAGGAAUCUUCUUUAGAGAGCGAGAGGAACACAUGGAGAUUAAUAUAUUGUCUUUAUCAAAAUCGUAUAAGUAGUGUUGGCCUGUCUACUCAAAUGGAACACGACGGACAUAUAAACAAUAAUUAUAUCUCUGAAAAAAAUGUUAUAGAGAAUUUGUACAAAUCAGAGAGCUACAUUAGGGAAUAUCAAUUGAUUAUUGAUUGGUUGGAGAAGAAUGCUCUAGAUCAAGCAGAUAGACAUCCAUCUAUAGAACUUUUCACUGAUAAGACAGUAGCUUGGGAAAAUACAAUUCACCAGUUACAGAAUCCAAAUUUAGGAAUUGCAUUUAGCUCAUCCAGACCACUAGUAUCUUCUCUUGAUCCUGAUGCACCAAUACGAGAGGGUCGACAAUUACAUGAUCUAGACAGAGAAGAUGAUGCUAGAAUUGAGAGAAGAAUGUUUAUAGAGGUACGUUGUGGACGUCUUCAAACACAAGCACUAGCUAUGCAUUGUGGCCAACCUUGGAGAGCUGCUUGCUUAUUGGGCUGGAUCCCUAAUCAUGAUCCAAAUUAUAAUAAUCCAUCAACAGAUAUUAAAUUACCAAUUGAAGGAAAUCCCAAUAGAAGUCUUUGGAAGAUGUGUGCUUGGGAAAUGUCUCAAGAUAAACGCAUAGGUGUAUAUUACCGUGCCAUAUAUGCGAGUCUCUGUGGCAAUGUCCAACUACUACUACAGACAGCAUUAUCUUGGCAAGAUGCAUUGUGGGCGUAUGUGAAGACUCUUCUAGACAUCAGAGUCGAAUCAGCAUUGAGAUUAAUGAUGGUGAAAAUUUAUACCUCUAUGCCAGAAGAAUAUUGGAAAAAUGAGAUCUCGUUAGAGGAUGCAUUCAAAGAAUUACAUGCGUCGAAAAAUCCAAUAAUACGUGGUCAAUCUAACAAACCUGAUCAUUUAAUACAAAAAUAUAUAAUACUGGAUCAAGUACCAAAACUAAUGGAGGAAAUUGAAACUAUGAUUGACAUCGGCCUCUGCGAUUCACAGUUUCUCAGAUUUUUGGCACAUCUAAUAUUGUUUUUCAGACAAAUCGGGAGAACUACAAAGGAUAAAGUAGAGGACAAAGUAUUAUUGGCGUAUGUUCGUGUUCUUAUAGAAAUAGGCGACCCGACUCUAGUCGCGUUCUAUACUGCUACACUUCCUCAAGAGGAACAAAUAACCAACUAUGCUUGUUACUUAGAGGGUGUUAAAGAGUACGAACAACGUAAGAGAUGUUUACGUGCUGCAGAGGACGCGAACUUGAAUGUGGAAGCAAUCACAAAAUUGGUAGUGGAAAAUAUACGUAAAAAAAACAUAGAAUCCGAUCCAACAGAUCUGAAAGGAACUAUAACCGACGCAGAUAUGGAUAAGAUUAAUGCUUUAGACUGGUUAAUUUUUUAUCAAAAUCAGAGAGAAGAAGCUUUACGGCAAACGAACGCGCUCAUUAGAUACUUUUUAACUAAGGAGAAGCUCGACGCGGCGCGGAAAGCAUUUAACAAGAUCCCGGCAGAUUCGAUUGAAUCCGUUAUGGCCGAAUACUCGAAUAUGGAAUGCACAAUUGCAAAUUUGACAGUAAUUUGUCCAAAUCAUAAUAAUUUGUCCAAACAAGCGGCUGCCUUGAUAAGAGAGUACCUCUGUUAUAAGACGUAUCUUGACGCCCAGGAGGGUUUCGACGAAUGGUUCUCACAUUUCCAUCACGGCAAACCUGUACCGCCGGAGGAAUUGUCAACAUACGCUACAUUCACAGAAAAAGUUGCAUAUGAACAUAGAAAUACACAGUACAAUAUAGAAAUGGAAAGGUGGAAAUCUACGAUGCAACAUCACACAAAGGCAGUGAAACAGUUACUAUUUAACGUUCUAUUAUUCCCCGAUGGCGGUUGGCUCGUCGAUUCUAAGAGUAGCAACGGCGAGCCGUGCACGUCCGAGGACGAGCUCAGGGAACAUCAGUUGGAGAAACUACGUGAACUUUGCAUUCCUAAAGUCACGCUUUUAUUACAUUCGGUUAUGUCCGAAAUGAACGAGCAUGACGGCUGUAUUCAAUUGGCAGACAUACUCGCCUCUGAGCAACAUCAACUAUACAAAGUAUUCUCAAAAGGAAGAUUACGCGAAAUAUUCAAAAAGAUCUGUGAAUCUUCUCUUGUCCUGAUGGAUCAAAAGAAAGAUCCUUGGGGAUAUCCAAAAUAGAUUUUAAAUAUAUAAUAUGUAUAUUGCCUAGUAUGUUUACUGUAUG